GUUAAACUUGUCGUGUGCGCAGGAGAAAAAUAUUUCUACAUGAUUUUCAUGUGUGAGUGAAUGUGAAAUUAACGGCAUUUUAUCUUCGGAAAUAAAGUUCAACUGUGAAAAAGAGAGUUGGAAUAAGAAUACAGAAUGUUGUAGUAAAGAAGGUCGCAGUAUAUGCGAUAAUAGCCAUAGGAGGAAAGUACAUCGAGAAUCGAAAAGAAUCUGUCAAAGUGGUGGAGUGAAUGUGUCAAUUACAGAUUUACGCUGCCUUUGGAUCUAAGUGAUAAGUAACCAUUCCAUUAAAAGUUAUACAGUGCAAGAAAAAGCUCCCCAGGAAUUCAGUCUAAAAUUAGACGGUGAUCAACCGAUCCUGACAACAAAUUGCUGGAGCUUCAGUAUUUAAGUGGAAUAUCGAAACCGUGCGCACUCAACUACACAAUUGAAUAAAUCUAAAGUCAAUGUGGCGCAAAGAUGGUUAUAGUUACUCGGGGUGACUACAUAUGGAUCGAGCCCGUGUCUGGACGCGAAUUCGAUGUGGCCAUCGGAGCCCGGGUUAUCUCGGCCGAGGGCCGACGUAUCCAGGUCCGCGAUGAUGACGGGAACGAACUAUGGCUCACGCCGGAGCGACGCAUCAAGGCCAUGCACGCCUCGUCCGUGCAGGGCGUCGAAGACAUGAUUUCACUAGGCGACUUGCACGAAGCCGGAAUCCUUCGGAAUCUUCUCAUCCGAUACAAUGAUAAUUUGAUCUAUACAUAUACCGGCUCUAUUCUGGUAGCCGUAAACCCCUACCAGAUCCUACCAAUCUAUACUGCCGAUCAAAUUAAGUUGUACAAGGAACGGAAAAUCGGAGAGCUCCCACCACACAUUUUUGCCAUUGGAGACAAUUCCUACGCCCAUAUGCGAAGAUAUGGACAGGAUCAGUGCAUUGUCAUCUCGGGCGAAUCGGGAGCCGGUAAAACGGAGAGUACAAAACUGAUUCUCCAGUACUUGGCAGCCAUCAGUGGAAAACACUCGUGGAUCGAGCAACAAAUUCUCGAAGCAAAUCCAAUUCUCGAAGCUUUUGGUAAUGCCAAAACCGUGCGGAACGAUAAUUCGUCUCGCUUCGGAAAGUAUAUUGAUAUUCACUUCAACAAUGGUGGAGUGAUCGAAGGUGCUAAAAUAGAGCAGUAUCUGCUGGAAAAGUCUCGAAUAGUAUCGCAGAACGCGGAAGAAAGAAACUAUCACAUUUUUUACUGUCUGCUAGCCGGAUUGACUCAUGAGGAGAAGCGGAAGCUUAGCUUGGGACAUGCUUCCGAUUAUCGAUAUCUCACUGGUGGAGGUUGUAUAAAAUGUGAUGGAAGAAACGACGCUGCCGAAUUCGCUGACAUUCGUUCAGCUAUGAAGGUGCUUUGUUUUUCUGAUCAUGAGAUUUGGGAGAUUCUGAAGUUGUUGGCGGCACUUUUGCAUACCGGAAACAUCAAAUACCGUGCUACGGUAAUCGAUAAUCUCGACGCCACCGAGAUUCCAGAGCAUAUUAAUGUGGAGAGAGUGGCUAGCCUUUUGGAAGUUCCGUUACAACCAUUUAUAGACGCAUUGACUCGAAAGACCUUGUUUGCUCACGGAGAAACUGUAGUGUCCACUCUUUCGCGAGACCAAUCCAUGGACGUCCGAGACGCUUUCGUGAAAGGAAUCUACGGAAGAUUGUUCAUUCUCAUUGUGAAAAAGAUCAACCAAGCUAUUUAUAAGCCGAAAUCAUCUACUAGAAGUGCCAUCGGAGUACUGGAUAUAUUCGGUUUCGAGAAUUUCGAUCACAAUAGCUUUGAGCAGUUCUGCAUAAACUUUGCGAACGAAAAUUUGCAACAGUUCUUUGUUCAGCACAUUUUUAAACUAGAACAGGAGGAAUACAAUCAUGAGAGUAUAAACUGGCAACACAUCGAAUUCGUCGAUAAUCAGGAUGCGUUGGAUCUGAUUGCUAUUAAACAACUGAACAUAAUGGCACUAAUCGACGAGGAAUCCAAGUUUCCGAAGGGAACCGAUCAAACCAUGUUAGCCAAGUUGCAUAAAACUCACGGGACUCAUCGAAAUUAUUUGAAACCUAAGUCGGACAUCAACACUAGCUUUGGAUUGAACCAUUUCGCUGGAGUUGUGUUCUACGAUACACGGGGUUUCUUGGAGAAAAAUCGUGAUACAUUCAGUGCUGACCUGCUUCAACUGAUUUCUAGUUCAUCCAACAGAUUCCUGCAGGCGGUGUUUGCCGAAGAUAUUGGUAUGGGGGCAGAGACUCGCAAACGAACACCUACGCUUUCAACUCAAUUCAAAAAGAGUUUGGAUUCUCUGAUGAAAACCCUUAGUCAGUGUCAGCCAUUUUUCAUUCGUUGCAUCAAGCCGAACGAGUUGAAGAAACCCAUGAUGUUCGAUCGAUCUUUGUGCUGUCGUCAGUUGCGUUAUUCUGGUAUGAUGGAGACAAUCCGUAUCCGUCGAGCCGGUUACCCUAUUAGGCAUAACUUCCGGGACUUUGUAGAACGAUAUCGAUUCCUGAUCAAUGGAGUUCCCCCAGCUCACCGAACUGAUUGCCGAAUGGCUACUUCCAAGAUUUGUGCAACCGUGUUGGGUCGAUCCGAUUAUCAGUUGGGUCAUACAAAAGUUUUUCUCAAAGACGCCCAUGAUUUGUUUUUGGAACAGGAACGUGAUCGUGUUUUAACGCGUAAAAUUUUGAUACUGCAGCGUUCGAUUCGCGGAUGGGUUUAUCGAAGGCGGUUCCUUCGAAUGCGACAAGCAGCCAUUACGAUCCAAAAGUACUGGAAGGGUUACGCACAGCGACAACGAUACAGGAAGAUGAAGAUCGGUUACAUGCGAUUGCAGGCGUUGAUUCGUUCGCGAGUGUUGAGUCAUCGAUUUCGGCAUCUUCGUGGACACAUUGUUCGUCUGCAGGCUCGAAUACGAGGAUAUUUGGUUCGCCGUGAGUACGGAAACAAAAUGUGGGCAGUGAUUAAGAUUCAAUCGCACGUCAGACGGAUGAUUGCCAUGAACCGGUAUCAAAAGCUGAAGUUGGAAUAUCGACGCCAUCACGAAGCAUUGCGACUACGGCGAAUGGAGGAGGAAGAGUUGAAGCAUCAAGGUAACAAGCGAGCCAAGGAGAUAGCCGAGCAACAUUAUCGAGAUCGAUUGAAUGAAAUAGAACGAAAAGAUAUGGAGCAAGAAAUGGAAGAACGUCGUCAAGUAGAGGUCAAGAAAAAUAUCAUAAAUGAUGCUGCCAGGAAAGCUGAUGAACCAGUAGAUGAUAGUAAAUUGGUUGAGGCGAUGUUUGAUUUUCUGCCAGAUUCGAGCAGUGAAGCUCCAACACCGCACGGAGGUCGUGAAACCUCCGUAUUCAACGACUUACCCGUAAACCAAGAUAACCACGAAGAUAUUAUUGGGCCCAUUCACACUAUCUCUGAAGAUGAAGAAGACCUUUCAGAGUUCAAAUUCCAGAAAUUCGCAGCAACUUAUUUCCAAGGCAACAUUACUCAUUACUACUCAAGAAAACCUCUGAAACAUCCUCUUCUGCCGUUACACACUCAAGGUGAUCAACUGGCAGCACAAGCUCUGUGGAUUACGAUUCUAAGGUUCACUGGAGAUCUUCCAGAGCCACGGUAUCAUACAAUGGAUCGCGACAAUACUUCCGUGAUGUCCAAAGUUACCGCAACUUUGGGUCGCAACUUUAUACGAAGUAAAGAAUUCCAGGAAGCACAGAUGAUGGGAUUGGAUCCAGAAGCGUUCCUCAAACAGAAACCUCGUUCCAUUAGGCACAAAUUAGUAUCGCUUACCCUGAAGCGUAAAAAUAAACUAGGUGAAGACGUACGACGCCGUCUACAGGACGAAGAAUACACUGCCGAUAGCUACCAAUCGUGGCUAGAAUCUCGACCAACUUCUAACCUCGAAAAGCUCCAUUUCAUUAUAGGCCAUGGUAUAUUAAGAGCCGAACUGCGUGACGAAAUAUACUGUCAAAUUUGUAAACAACUCACCAACAAUCCCUCGAAAUCAUCUCACGCCAGAGGUUGGAUUCUUUUGUCACUUUGCGUAGGAUGUUUCGCACCGUCGGAAAAAUUUGUUAAUUAUCUUCGAUCAUUCAUAAGAGAAGGUCCUCCGGGAUACGCUCCGUACUGCGAGGAACGACUGAAGCGAACUUUUAACAAUGGAACUCGAAACCAGCCGCCAUCUUGGUUAGAGCUUCAGGCGACUAAGUCCAAAAAGCCAAUAAUGCUUCCCAUUACGUUUAUGGACGGAAAUACCAAGACUCUUCUAGCCGAUUCCGCUACUACAGCUAGAGAAUUGUGCAAUCAACUAUCGGACAAAAUCGCUCUGAAAGACCAAUUCGGAUUUUCGCUGUACAUUGCCUUAUUCGACAAAGUAUCCUCUCUGGGAAGUGGCGGUGAUCACGUCAUGGACGCAAUAUCUCAGUGCGAACAGUACGCCAAGGAACAGGGCGCUCAAGAACGAAACGCACCAUGGCGAUUGUUCUUCCGAAAAGAAAUCUUCGCUCCCUGGCAUAACCCGGUUGAGGAUCAGGUUGCUACUAAUCUAAUAUAUCAGCAAGUGGUUCGUGGAGUGAAGUUUGGCGAGUAUCGCUGCGAUAAGGAGGAAGAUCUGGCGAUGAUUGCUGCCCAGCAAUACUACAUCGAGUACAAUACGGACAUGUCGAUGGAUCGGUUGUACACUUUGUUGCCGAACUUUAUACCUGAUUAUUGUCUAACGGGAAUUGAAAAAGCAAUUGAUCGUUGGGCUGCUUUAGUGCUGCAGGCUUACAAAAAGAGUUACUAUCUGAAGGAUAAAGCGUUGCCGUUGAAGGUCAAAGAAGAUGUUGUGGGCUAUGCAAAAUACAAAUGGCCACUACUGUUUUCGAGGUUCUAUGAGGCGUAUAGAAACUCGGGACCGAACUUGCCUAAGAACGAUGUUAUCAUCGCCGUCAACUGGACCGGUGUUUAUGUGGUUGAUGAUCAAGAGCAAGUCCUGCUUGAAUUGUCCUUCCCUGAAAUAACUGCUGUAUCGAGCCAGAAAACGAACAAAGUUUUCACCCAAACAUUUUCGUUGUCCACAGUGCGGAAUGAAGAAUUUACCUUCCAAAGCCCAAAUGCGGAAGAUAUCAGAGAUCUAGUGGUUUACUUUUUGGAGGGCUUAAAGAAACGCUCAAAAUAUGUGAUAGCUCUACAAGAUUAUAAAGCUCCGGGCGAAGGAACAAGUUUUCUUUCAUUUUUGAAGGGUGAUUUGAUAAUUCUGGAGGACGAAAGUACUGGAGAAUCAGUUUUGAAUUCUGGUUGGUGCAUAGGAUGUUGUGAACGAACUCAGGAGCGAGGAGAUUUCCCAGCCGAAAUUGUGUAUGUGCUUCCUACGCUUACGAAACCUCCUCCGGACAUCCUAGCACUUUUCAGUGUAGAAGACGCGCAUCACGGCAAACGAUUGAACUCAAUUCAUUCGAAUGGCGGAACGGAAACUCGCGAACGACCACAUACUCUUGCCGAUUAUUCGUUAGAUCAUUUUAGACCUCCUCCGAAACGUACCAUGUCAAAGGCUCUAUCCACUCUUAGCUCGAAACGCGGAGGUGACGAAUUGUGGCGUUACUCCAGGGAACCACUGAAACAACCGCUGUUGAAAAAACUACUGGCGAAAGAAGAACUUUCGGAAGAAGCUUGUCUCGCAUUCAUCGCCAUUAUGAAAUAUAUGGGUGACCUGCCAUCUAAACGACCACGUAUUGGUAAUGAAGUUACCGAUCACAUUUACGAUGGACCCCUCAAGCAUGAAAUUUUGAGAGAUGAAAUUUACUGUCAGUUGAUGAAGCAACUCACCGAUAACCGAAAUCGCCUGUCCGAGGAGCGUGGCUGGGAAUUGAUGUGGCUUUCCACCGGUUUAUUUGCUUGUAGCCAACAGUUGAUAAAAGAAUUGACACUCUUCCUACGAACACGACGCCAUCCGAUAUCGCAGGAUUCGCUACAUCGCCUUCAGAAGACCAUUCGGAACGGUCAACGGAAAUACCCGCCCCAUCAGGUCGAAGUGGAGGCAAUUCAACAUAAAACGACACAAAUCUUCCACAAAGUGUACUUCCCGGAUGACACGGACGAAGCAUUUGAGGUGGACUCGUCCACCCGAGCGAAAGAUUUCUGCCAGAACAUUUCACAGCGACUGAAUUUGCGGUCUAGUGAAGGUUUUAGUUUGUUUGUAAAAAUAGCCGACAAGGUGAUAUCAGUGCCAGAAGGAGAUUUCUUCUUCGACUUUGUGCGCCAUCUGACCGACUGGAUCAAGAAGGCGCGGCCGACGCGGGACGGUUCGAAUCCGCAGUUCACGUAUCAAGUGUUUUUCAUGAAGAAACUGUGGACCAACACAGUGCCGGGGAAGGAUAAGAAUGCGGAUCUGAUAUUCCAUUACCACCAGGAACUGCCGAAGCUGUUACGUGGCUAUCACAAGUGCUCGAAGGAAGAAGCCGUCAAACUGGCCGCUCUGGUGUACCGGGUGCGAUUCGGCGAGAGCAAACAGGAACUGCAAGCGAUUCCUCAAAUGCUUCGCGAAUUGGUUCCAUCGGAUCUUAUGAAAUUGCAAACGACGAACGACUGGAAACGAUCAAUUGUAGCAGCUUACAACCAGGACGCCGGUAUGUCGCCAGAGGAUGCUAAAAUAACUUUCCUCAAAAUCGUUUACAGAUGGCCAACGUUCGGCUCGGCAUUUUUCGAGGUGAAACAAACCACAGAACCAAACUAUCCGGAAAUGCUUCUGAUAGCCAUAAACAAGCAUGGCGUUAGCUUGAUACAUCCUAGCUCGAAAGAUAUUCUUGUCACCCACCCAUUCACACGCAUUUCCAACUGGUCCUCCGGGAAUACAUAUUUCCAUAUGACGAUCGGGAAUCUGGUCCGUGGCUCGAAACUACUCUGUGAAACCUCCCUCGGGUACAAGAUGGACGACCUACUGACCUCUUAUAUUUCACUCAUGCUGACCAAUAUGAACAAACAGCGAACAAUUAGGAUUAAAUGAGCGAGCCUUGCUCUACAAUAGACUAGCGAUCAGCAGUAAGCACACAUCAUAGCACAGCUUUAGGGCAAGAUUUGGUUUUGUUUUCAUAACUAACCAAUCAUUCGUUGAUUGCUUUCGAGUAUUUAUUUUGUUUGAGCUUUGCUUCUUUUGUUUUAGCUUUGUUAAAAGUAUCAAUAACAUAUACAUAGAGAUGUUAGAACAAAUUUUCGGUCACGCUGUUUCGGGCAAGCGUAUCUUAACAGAUCAUCAAACAUCUCCGCGGAGUAUUACGUAUACACAGUAAAACACGCAUUCUUCACUCUCUAGUAGUAUUGAUUGAAUCAAAUUUAAGUUUUUCUUUUUAAAAAAUGAAAACACAAUUGUAGGUUUGAGAUAACAAACUCAUUUAAAAUGUUGUAUAACGCUUUCAAUUUUAUUUCCAAAAGCAAUCCUUUAAGGCCAUUUUAUCCUAUGUUACUAGUUUUAUUGAUAACUUACAACUCCUCCCAAUUCUAAAAUGCUUUAAUUUAUUCAACACCUUUUCUUCCCUUUUUCGUUGAUCACAGUCGUGUUAAAUGUAUAGUAACUGUUUAUUCUAAAAUGAGUUUAGCAGUUUAGGUAGUUUUAAACGGAUUCAAGGCAAAUUCGAAUGACGGAACAAGAAUGUUUAGCAUUUCAAAUAUUGCAAACGGAUGAAGACAUGAUGUAGCUCAAAUUUUGAAUGAUUACAGCGUACAAGGGAGUAUGUGUGGCGUUGAAUGAUUUGUUUUAUGAAUGAUGGCAAUUGCCACUGAUAUUGAAGGAAUGUGCAACAUUAUGUUCGGAAUGGUCAGUCUGUGUUUUGCAGAUACAAGUUUUUUUUUGUAGUUUUAAUAAUAUUACUUUGUUAUACAUACCUUUAUUGCUACAUACUACAGCUGGUCGAUUAUACAAUAAAGUCUACAUAGAGAAAUAUAUAUUGAAA